AUGCUACCCGUCAGCUCCGGCGUCGCUAUCGCGACCGCUGUCUACGGAAGACUCGCUGACAGUCCGGUGUCGCUCUCCAAGAGGGACACCAACACCUCGCAAGAUCAGCUCCCACCUUGGUCAUUGCUUAUUGUUCUGAUCGACUGGAUCAUCUUUCUCCCUCUUCUCAUCAUCACCUUCUACACCUUCCAGCGAGUCUUUCCCGUGCUAGCCAUGGUCGAAGAUGAGAACGAUACUGCUUACGACCGAAUCUCCCUGGAUGACGACGAGACUGCAUCCUUCGCUGAUGAUGCAGCUCUCCACAACGGCCCGAAGAAGGUCCCUGAUGCUCCUGGCGCUUUCUGCUGGCCACGCUUCUGCUAG